UAUAUAAAUAAAAUUUAGGAAAAAAGCUUAUUGGAAAGUUGCCAGUGCUACAGAAUGGGUGCCAAAAAAGUGAUUGCGUUGCUGUUUACGGUGUUAGAACUAACCUUUGCACAGGAACUUAACUCAAACUCAUUUCCUGACGACUUCUUGUUUGGUGUAGCAACUGCUUCAUACCAAACUGAGGGCGCGUGGAACGAAAGUGACAAAAGUGAAAGCAUAUGGGACUCUCUCACCCACAACCACCCUGAAUUGAUACGUGAUGGAAGCAGUGGAGAUGUAGCCUCCGAUUCCUUUCACCAUAUUAAUGACGACGUGCAACGUAUUAAGGAUCUCGGCGUCAACUUUUAUCAGUUUUCCAUCUCCUGGACUCGUUUACUACCCGAGUCUUAUUCAAACAGAGUCAGUGAGGAAGGUCUCAGAUAUUACAACAAUCUUAUUGAUGCUCUAAUAGCCGCCAAUAUAACCCCAAUGAUCACCCUUUAUCACUGGGACUUGCCCAGCCAAUUGCAAAAAUUGGGAGGAUGGGUAAACCCCCUCUUAGUUGAUUAUUUCGGGGAUUACGCUGAAGUGGCUUUUAGAAAUUUUGGAGACAGAGUUAAAUACUGGAUAACGUUUUAUGAGCCGUCAGAGGUAUGUGAUGCAUAUGGCUCCUCUAACAAAGCUCCAACCAACGUGGCACAACCAGGCAUUGGAGAAUAUCUAUGCGUUGAUACCAUACUGAAAGCUCAUGCAAGAGCUUAUCACAUUUACGACAAUGGCUACAGGAGCGAUGAUGACAUCGCAGGCUCAAUUGGAAUUGCUCUUGCAGUAGGAUGGAACGAACCAAAUUCAACGGCACCAGAAGAUGUUGCGGCAGCAAAUAAAGCAAUGCAAUUCACGGCAGGGAUUUUUGCCCAUCCAAUUUUUUCAAACGACGGUGACUAUCCGGAAAUCGUGAAAACAACGGUAGCAAAUCGAAGUGCAUUGGAAGGCCUUCCUUAUUCACGUCUUCCUGAAUUAACGGAAGAGGAGAAGCGGUACAUUCAAGGAUCAUCAGACUUCCUUGGAAUCACUCAUUAUUCAACGUCGAUGGUAGCAGCUAAAGAAAAUGACCCCAUUGGAGAACCCAGCAAAGAUAAGGAUCUUAGUGUUUUGUCAUGGUUUGACACUGCUAAUUGGGAAGGUAGUGCUUCAUCUUCGUUAUGGGUUGUUCCAUCGGGAUUCAGAAAAGCAUUACUAUGGUUGGAUAAUGAAUAUGGCUAUCCUAUUUAUGUUACUGGAAACGGCUAUUCAGAUCUAGGUGAAAUUGAAGAUGACCGACGAAUUAAUUAUUAUCAGACUUAUCUUAGCGCUCUUCUUGAUGCCAUAUAUGACGGAAAUGCAAAUAUACAAGCCUACACAGUACGGAGUUUGAUGGAUAAUUUCGAAUGGCUUGAUGGCUAUGUAAAUCGUUUUGGCAUCUAUCACGUCAACAUGUCAGACCCUGCACGUCCCCGAACGAUUAAGAAAUCUGGAAAUUUUAUCAAGCAGGUGAUCACUACCAGAAGGGUUACAACCAGUGACGAUUCAAGCGGUGGCAGCGAUGGUGGCAGCAGCGGCGGUGGCAGCGAUGGUGGUAGCAGCGGUGGUGGCAGCGAUGGUGGCAGUAGCGGUGGUGGCAGCGAUGGUGGCAGUAGCGACAAUAGCAGCGGCUUACGAGUUAUAGCAUUACCUCUGUCCCUACUCCUUCUUUUAACAUCUACUCUGGCACUGUCCUAGAAAUAGUAAGGCAACUAGGGAAUGAUUUGAUAGUGAAUCAAUUUCACACUGUUUCGUUAGAUGCCAAUAGUGGCACAAUAAAGUACGAGAGGAAUACAAUAAAUAUAUCUUCACAUA